CCGCUUUACUUCCGUCUCUGCUUGAAUACCCACCGUUUGCUUCUCCCCACCUAAACGUAUAUUUUUAAUCUCUAUCUACCCCUCCCUUUAAACUCGGUCUCCCUAAACGCAUCCAUACCACCUCAAUGUCGUUGGACCCUACCUUCCAUGGAUUCGUUGAAACCACAAUGGAUACUCUGUUGCUGUUUGAAGCCUGUCGGCAAGGUCUCUUGCCCAAAGUCACCAGACGCUUACAGGAUAGAGAGCGGAAAGAUUUAGUCGUAUCCGGCACUGUUUUCAUUUUCGACGAGAGAGAAUCUGGAAUUAAACGCUGGACAGACGGUCUCUUAUGGAGUCCAUCUAGAAUACUAGGAAAUUUCUUAGUGUACCGAGAAAUUGAUAAGCGCAGCCCUAUCGUUGACAAACGCCAACAAUCCGUCGACCCAAGCGCGCCCACCAGUACAGCCGAACGAUUGAAGGAACGCGCACUGGUUGGUUCUCUCACCAAUUCAUAUAAAUUUAAAAGGAACGGAUUGAUCAAAAAGACCAUGAGCAUUGUCGUCAAUGGGAGUACACAACAUAUGAUCAGUUACUACAACAAAGAAGACGUGGCAUCUGGAAGAUUACAUUCGCCUAGAUCCAUUCCCAUGCUCGCCAACUUAGAAGUAUCACCAGAGUUUUUACAGCGACAAAACUUUCGCAUUCCGUUACAUGUAGAAACGAGUGGAGUUAUAACUGAUCGGACCUCAACCUCUCCCACGCUGUCCACAGUUUACUAUGAUGCUCAUAGAAGAGAAAGCCAAGCUUCCACUUCGAGUGAUGUUAUGUCCACCGAAUCAUCAACUAUAGACACACAUAAUUACUUACAACCGUAUAUGCGGCAACCUCAACAAUCGCCAUUAGGUUACAAUGCUCCUAGAUUCUCACCACAACAUCCCUAUCUCGAUAACCAUGCUGCACCUGUGAAUUACCCCCCUGUGUCCAUGCCAAAUACGCCAAUUCCGUCUCCAUCAUCAGACUAUCGGAUGCGUAAAUCUUCAGAUCCAGCUUUGAUGUAUCAGAAUAGAGGCCCCACAACGACACCGGAUUCCAUGUCGAUGGGAGCUCACCCCAACCGUCAUGCUUACACCACCAUGUCGGCACAUCAUGGUGGUCAGUAUUCGGGUAGAGGAUUGGAGGGUCAAGGUAUGCCUCCGCCGCCGAAUCCUAGCACGCCAGCCAAUGAUGCAUCCUACGGCUCAAUGAAUUGGAAUAGCUAUCGAGCAGACCCACGUCUCCCUACCACGGCAGGGCCUUACGAAACGUCUUUUUCCUUCCCAUCUCAUACUCCAAGAACCAACUUUCAAAAUCAUCAUCGGCACCAUAGUGACCCCAGACAUAACGAAGUCAACAUGGGAGCGCCUUACUCAAACACCCAUCUCCCUCCCAUCAUGCAGCAAACAUCCAUGAUGAAUACCUACUCAGGUGGUGGGGGCAAUGAACAGAUACAUGAACCUGGUACGUCUGAAUCAACGGAUAUCCCUCCAUUAGCCCAAUUCGAUGAAGCGUAUAGAGGAGGUGGUGGAAGCACGAUGCACCACGGACUUCUAGAACAUAACAGCAUGCGAAUGCCAAGUGCUCCAUAUCAACCUUCGACUCCAGAUCCUAGGGGCCACGGUCAUGAUCAAUUUAAUAAUGUACCAAUGGGGUCUAAUUUCCAUGUGCCGGAAGUUUCGUUCAAUCCAUGGGACACCUACAAAUGAGACAACCCCGUUCGAAAAGACUUGCUUACAAAAAUUUGUACAUGGCACUGAAGGAGGAUAUCCUUCCUACACCAAAAAGUAUCAAUCGUUUUUUCUCUCUCUCCAUUUUAUUUUGUUUUUCUUGUCGGCCAGCCUUUGAUUUGAUUUGAUUUGAUUUGGUUCGUCCCCUUCUCAAUAUUUCUUUAAAUGGGGUGAACGCACGCAACAGCACUCAUGUACUUCCUUCUUUUCCUUUCCGUUUACUUCGAUCACAGAUGGCGCCACGUGUGGUUUCCGACCGUGGCCAUCUCGUUUCUUGUAUAAUAUCUAAUCCAAAACCCCCUACCGUUAUCCACACCAAAAAAAUAACAGAAAAAA